UCCGCAUAAUUUUUGUCUCAGUAGCUUCCUCGCCUCUCUGGGUUCUGAUCGCGACGAGAUAACGAAUCUCAAACGCUUCUCUAUAUUUCACAACUCGAUCCCAAGCUUUGUUAUUCCAAUCAUAAUUCGAUAGAGCUCCUCCGGCGACAAUUCUGGCGCGAAAUUGGUUUGAAAUUAGGGGCUGGGUAAUCGAUUCGACUGAGUAUCGGUUUGACGGGAGAACGCGAGCGAAAAGAAAAGAAGGUGAAAGAAUGAUGAACAGGAAUUAGUUAGUUAGUUUUCGGGGUGCGGAAUUUGAGGAAAAUGGCGGCGACUCCGGUUGAGCCACCAAACGGGGUGAGAUCAGAAGGGAAGCACUAUUUCUCAAUGUGGCAGACGCUGUUUGAGAUUGACACGAAAUACGUGCCGAUAAAGCCGAUUGGGAGAGGAGCCUACGGGAUUGUGUGCUCUUCUGUGAACAGAGAGACCAACGAGAAAGUCGCGAUCAAGAAGAUCAACAAUGCGUUCGAGAACCGGAUCGAUGCCUUGCGAACAUUGAGGGAAUUGAAGCUGCUGCAGCAUCUGAGGCAUGAGAAUGUGAUUGCUUUGAAAGAUGUGAUGAUGCCGAUUCAGAGGAACAGCUUCAAGGAUGUGUAUUUGGUGUAUGAGCUCAUGGAUACGGAUCUUCAUCAGAUCAUUAAAUCUUCUCAGCCGCUUUCGAAUGAUCAUUGCCAGUAUUUCCUGUUUCAGCUGCUUCGAGGCCUAAAGUAUCUCCAUUCUGCAAACAUUCUCCAUCGUGAUUUGAAGCCUGGCAACCUUCUUAUCAACGCAAACUGUGACCUGAAAAUAUGUGAUUUUGGGCUAGCACGUACUAGCAAAGGGAAGGACCAGUUCAUGACCGAGUAUGUUGUCACUCGUUGGUAUAGGGCUCCAGAGCUCCUCCUGUGCUGCGAUAACUAUGGAACUUCCAUUGAUGUAUGGUCUGUUGGGUGCAUCUUUGCUGAGCUUCUUGGCCGGAAGCCUAUCUUCCCUGGCACAGAAUGUCUCAACCAACUUAAACUUAUAAUUAACAUCCUUGGCAGCCAGAGGGAGGAGGAUAUUGAAUUUAUAGACAAUCCAAAGGCGAAGAAGUACAUCAAGUCACUCCCAUAUUCUCCUAGGACACCCUUCUCUCGUCUUUACCCCGAUGCCGAUCCUUUGGCUAUCGAUCUCCUGCAGAAGAUGCUUGUUUUCGACCCAUCAAAGAGGAUCGGUGUGACUGAAGCACUCCAACACCCUUACAUGUCUCAAUUGUAUGAUCCCAAUGGUAACCCUCCGGCGGAGGUACCAAUUGAUCUUGACAUAGACGAGGACUUGGGAGAAGAGAUGAUAAGGGAGAUGAUGUGGAGAGAAAUGCUUCUAUACCAUCCUGAAGCUGUUACAAGCAAUGGUGAAGUGUAUUCCUAAACAUACUUAGCUUCGGCAAAGACGCCUUGGAAGCUGUUUUUGGUGUGAAUAGGAAAGGUGAAUAUUUUGGUUAUUGUCCGGCUAGCUUCAUAUUUAUCGCUUCCCGUCUAAUAAUCUUGAAGCAGCAUGCAGCAGUGGGUUUCGUCUUCUCCGAUAGCUUCCUUAUAUGCUAUAAGCUACGGUGAGCCUCAGCUCUGCGUGUAGGUGGUUGUUUUAAGACUUGAAAGUUUUGUAUAUAGGCCUGUUGUUGUUGUAUCAUUGAAUGUACUCUAUGUAUCUGGGAGUUAUUUCCGUUUGUAAUUAGAGACCCCCGAACCACUUUGAUACUA